AUAGUAAUUUUGAACAUAGUUUUAUCGGUAACAGCUACUCUUGGUAACAGCGUGAUUCUGGUUGCCCUUGCUAAUUACUCGUCUAUUCACCCACCAUCACAACUGCUCCUUAGUUCUCUAACAGUAACUGAUCUUUGUGUGGGCGCCAUUUCGCAGCCGUUAGUUGUAACGCUCCUAUUAUCCGCUCUAAAGGAAUCAUGGAACUUGUGCCGGAUGAUAGAAUACUCGCUGCCUGUUACCACUACAGUUUUUAGCGGAGUAUCGUUAACAGUACUUACUGCCAUAGGCUUGGAUAGACUCCUUGCUCUUACAUUAAAAUUCAGAUACAGACAAAUCGUAACUGUAAAGCGAGCUCGCCGGGCUGUGUUAGUGUUUUGGAUCAAAAGCGGCAUGAUCGGAGCUCUUCACCUUGCCAGCCAGACCUUACUUUUUACAGUAGGUGCUGUACUAAUACUUUUGGACGUUUUCAUAUCAAGCUAUUCAUACACAAGAAUUUUUUUUGCUAUCCGAAGACAACAAGCGCAAGUUCAA